AUGUUUGGCUUUCACAAGUCAAAGAUUUACCGGAGUAAUGAUGGUUGUUGCAUCUGCAAGACCAAGUCCUCCAGCUCUCGCUUCACAGACAGCAGUCGGUAUGAAGAAACAUUCAGGCUCUGCUUUGGGCUGUCAGAGGAACGUGUUGGGGACAUUUGUAAUGCCUGCGUCUUACUAGUAAAAAGGUGGAAGAAAUUGCCUCAUGGAUCUAAGAAGAAUUGGAACCACGUGGUUGAUGCCAGGGCAGGGCCAGGUUUCAAAAUGACAAAACCUAAGAAGAUGAAGAACAGUGAUGGAAAGAAGAAGAGCAAACUAAAGAAGCUUCACAAGUUAAAACGUCAAAAUUCUGAUGCCCAUAGCACUACCUCUAGUGUGUCUCCUGCCCAGUCCCCCAGUUACAGCAACCAAUCAGAUGAUGGUUCAGAUAUUGAAUCCAAACAAAGAAGGCCGUCUCCGUCCAUCUAUUCCUUUUUGGAUCGGACAUAUUGGAAACGGCAAAAGGUUUGCUGUGGUAUAGUCUACAAAGGGCGCUUUGGAGAGGUCAUCAUCGAUCCUCGUCUUUUUAAGCCCUGUUGCAACACCAAAAAGCAGAAGACGCUGGUAUCCACACAGGUGGCCACACACCUCCCAGAGUCUCUUCCGCCGAAACUAUCAGAAGAGAUCAAAGACACCUGUCGUCAAAGCGCAGCGCUCGCAGAGAAUCGAGCUGGGACUGUAGUGACAGAUCCCUGUGCAGAUGGAAGUGAUGGCUGUCACAUUGAUGCUAUUUGUCAAACGACUCCAGGCUCAUACAAGUGCACGUGCAGAGCAGGUUUCAAAGGUGACGGAAAACAAUGUGAAGACAUAGACGAAUGCGACCUGGAUCACAAUGGUGGAUGUGUACAUGAAUGCAACAACAUACCAGGGAACUACAGAUGCACUUGUUAUGAUGGGUUUCAUUUGGCACAUGACGGUCACAACUGCCUGGAUGUGGAUGAAUGCAAGUUCAACAAUGGUGGGUGCCAGCACACUUGUGUCAACACCAUGGGCAGCUACGAAUGCCGCUGCAAAGAUGGAUUCUUCCUCAGUGACAACCAGCACACCUGCAUCCACCGGUCUGUGGAGGGCCUCAACUGUAUGAAUAAGGAGCACGGCUGCGCCCACAUCUGCAAAGAGACUCCCAAGGGAGGAGUGGCCUGCGAGUGCCGUCCAGGGUUCGAGCUGGCCAAGAACCAGAGGGGCUGCAUUUUAACGUGUAUUCACGGUAAUGGGGGAUGCCAACACACAUGCGAGGACACAGAUCAGGGUCCCAUAUGCAAGUGUCACCCCAGGUACACUCUACAGUCUGACAAGAGAUCCUGCUUAGAACGAGAUGAGGCCACCACAGAGACUGCAGACAACAACGCCACCUCCUUUACUGAAGUGGAUAAACGGGUGAAGCGAAGGCUCCUGAUGGAGACUUGUGCUGUGAACAACGGAGGAUGUGACUGCACCUGUAAAGACACGUCCACAGGCGUUCGCUGCACUUGUCCAGUUGGAUUCACUUUACAGCCGGACGGAAAGACGUGCAAAGAUAUUGAUGAGUGUGAAGUUAAUAACGGCGGCUGCGAUCACUUCUGUAGAAACACCAUCGGCAGCUUUGAAUGCAACUGUCAAAAAGGCUUCAAACUUCUCACAGACGAGCGCUCCUGCCAAGAUAUAGACGAGUGCUUCUUUGAGCGGACCUGCGAUCACACAUGUGUGAACUCCCCUGGUAGUUUUCAGUGCCUAUGCAACAAAGGCUUCACCAUGUAUGGACUGGCCCACUGUGGAGAUAUAAACGAGUGCAGUGUUAACAAUGGAGGCUGUGAGCAUAUAUGUGAAAAUACUUUGGGUGGAUUCGAAUGCUUUUGCUAUCCUGGCCACAAACUGCACUGGAAUAAAAAAGACUGCAUUGAGACUGAGAGUUUGCCACCUGCCAAAACUUCCACUAAACCUACACUGAACUGCAGUAAGCAGGAGGGAGGGGAUCGUUGUUCCCUGACCUGCCAGUCACAAGUUCAUAUCAGCAGCGGCACAGAGGAUUCAUACACAGUGACCUGUGGAGCGCCUCUGCCCUGCCCGUCUGAUGUUCAAAGUAGCAACAAUGGCCUGCACUGCUUCGGUCAAGAUAUGACAAGUGUUCCACGUAUAAGGACGACAGCCACCUUCCGGUCCGGCACGGCAAAGUGUAACUUAAAACGAAGCCAGGAAAAACUCAAAGAGAGUAUAAACUUGGCACAUUCAGACAGCUUGUUCCCCUUCACUGAAAAUGUCCAGUUCAGUUUUGUGAGCCUCCGCUGCAUGUCGUCCGGUCAACGCCCCCGGAGUCGCCACGGCAGAAAAACCAGCGAGGAGGACGGCUCUUCCAUCACCGCAGAGUUUGUGCUGGAUGUGAACCCAGAGGAGGUAACAGCAGAGACUUGCGACCUGAAUUGCGUGCGCCGGCGUUCGGAGAAGAGACUCAAAAAGACCAUCCGGACCUUGAGAAAAUCCAUAAAUCGGGAGCAGUUCCACCUCCACUUUGCCGGAUCAGACUACGAGCUGGGAAAGAGCUUGGUCCAGCCUGCAGAGCUCCCGGGGCACUGCGUUGCUGGUCAGGUGCUUGUGAACAGGAAAUGUGUGAGCUGUACAGUGGGGACGUACUUUGAGCUGAACCUGGGGAGGUGCAUGCUGUGUCCAGCCGGGACGUAUCAGGACGAAGAGGGGCAGAUGUCCUGCGAUGUUUGCCCUGCUCCAGAAGGACGAGAAAUCUCCAAAGUGGUGGGAGCUCGAAACCUUUCAGAAUGUGGAGGUCAGUGUCCUCCGGGCCAAUACUCUGGGGAUGGCUUUAUUCCCUGCCUGCCUUGUCGACUAGGAACAUAUCAGCCUGACGUGGGACGCACCACCUGCCUCCCCUGUGGCGGAAACCUGGUCACCAAACACACUGGAGCCGUCUCAUUUCAAGAGUGUGAGACCAAAGUUCAAUGCUCUCCUGGCCAUUUCUACAACACCAGCACACACCGCUGCAUUCGCUGUCCAAUGGGAACCUACCAAGGAGAGUUUGGACAAAACUACUGCGUUGCCUGUCCUGGAAAUACUACAACUGACUUCGAUGGCUCCACAAAUAUCAUGCAAUGCAAAAAUCGCCAUUGUGGUGGAGAAUUAGGGGACUUUAGUGGAUUUAUUGAAUCCCCUAAUUAUCCAGGAAACUACCCUGCAAAUGUUGAAUGUACUUGGACAAUCAACCCUCCUCCCAAGCGCAGAAUCCUUAUUGUGGUCCCGGAAAUUUAUUUACCCAUUGAAGAUGAGUGUGGAGACUACUUGGUCAUGAGAAAAAGUUCUCUUCCCAACUCUGUGACCACAUAUGAGACCUGUCAGACAUAUGAGCGGCCCAUAGCUUUCACCUCUCGCUCCAAAAGGCUUUGGAUACAGUUUAGAUCCAAUGAAGGCAACAGUGGGAAGGGCUUCCAGGUUCCAUAUGUGACGUAUGAUGAGGACUACCAAGAAUUGAUAGAAGAUAUCGUCAGAGACGGAAGACUCUAUGCCUCUGAAAAUCACCAGGAAAUACUAAAAGACAAGAAACUCAUGAGGGCUCUGUUUGAUGUGCUGGCCCAUCCACAAAACUUUUUCAAUUACACCGCACAAGAAUCAAGAGAAAUGUUCCCCAAAUCCUUUAUUCGCUUUCUGCGCUCUAAAGUCCUACGAUUCCUUCGUCCAUAA